CGGAAUGUUUAUCAUUAAUUUAUACAAUUGAAUUAAUUGUAUUAGCAAUAAAAAAGGAAACAUAAUAUCAUCCUAAUUUUACUCAGUUUAGAACUUGGAUUAUUUCAAAAAUUAAAUGUCUCAUAGAAAACAUAUGCAGAAUAAGACAAUUAACCUCAACAUUUUUAAUAUUCUUUAAACCAAAUUUUUUAUAAUUGUCUACACCACAUAUUCACUCGCAUAGUAAUGUACAAUAUUAAAGGGCCAAGUAAAAUUGUUGCAAAGUCUACAAGAAGAGGUAUUUCACAAAACUUAGAUAAUUUACACAAUCAACAUAGAAGUAAAGUUCUAGAUUCAAAUGAAAACGAAAUAGUAAAUGGUCCAAAACCAAUAUUUCAAUCCAAAAAAUGUGCAAAUAAUAGGAAAUGUAAAGACAACAUAUCACCACAUCACGAGAAACUUAUCACAUAUAUAAAUGAAUCUUGGAACUUAGUAGCAUCUGAAUUAAACAGUCAACAAAACAAUAAUAAUAAAGAUAGUACAAAAAAAUCCCAAAUGGUAAUGUAUUUUGAGGAGAGCCCUUGUACACAACUUCAAGACUUUAAGCCUUUUGAUCUUGAAUCCUGGUGGGGAAGAAGACUCUAUACAAAAAUUACAAAUUCAACAAAUUCAAAAAAUUAAAUCAAUUGUAAAUUUUAAAGAAAUGUUUUUAAAGUC